UUAUUUGUUGUUGAACAGUUAUUCCUGAAGUGCCGGUAAAAAUUGAAAAAAGAGCACGAAAUAUUAAAAAACAUGUCCGUUAUAAGAUUUCAACACAUAAAAAAUCUCCGCCAUAUUUUUAAAAUAGCGGUAGCAGCUGUGCAACCAUUUAAUUUAUUAAGCGCAGCCAAUAAUUUUAUAAUAGAGUCACAGGUUAUUGGAGGUGCCAGCGAACACUUCGAAAUUAAUUUGCAAGGUAAUAAAUUCGACAUAAGCAAUAAACGUUGUUAUGUUGUAGGCUUUGGCAAAGCGGUCUUGGGUAUGGCAGUACAGUUGGAACGGGCAUUGUCAACGCACUUGGCUGGCGGUGUUUUAAGCAUUCCAAGUGGCACACGCUACCAAUUUAGAAAUGUACCCGACAUGCAAUUGCAUGCGCAAACACUAAUUGAGGUUUUCGAAGGUGCUGCCAAUAAUCAACCAGACGAACAAGCAAUGAAAGCAGCGCAACGUAUUUUGGCACUUGCACAACAAAUGACUAGCGACGAUGUGUUAUUCGUACUCAUCUCAGGUGGUGGUUCAGCACUGUUACCGUUACCGCGUGAACCGCUUAAGCUAAAUGAAAAAAUGUACUUGAUACGCGAGUUGGCAAAUUGUGGUGCGACUAUCAAUGAAUUGAAUAUUGUGCGAAUCGCAUUGUCGGAUAUUAAAGGCGGUCGUUUAGCUGCUGCUGCAGGUAACGCGCAUGCUGUUAUAUCACUUGUAAUUAGUGAUAUUGUUGGUGAUCCCGUGGAAUUAAUUGCUAGCGGACCUACAUGCUAUGAUUUCAAAAAAAAACAUGACGCGCAAACUGUCUUAGCAAAGUAUAAUAUGUGGCGAAAUCUGCCCAAGUUUUUACAAGAAUUAAUUGCGACAUCUUCUUUCGAUAUAGCAUCAAUACCUAGAGAAAAUAAUGCUAUUUACGUAGUGGGUGAUAAUCGUGUUGCUACUAUGGCAGCCGUAAAGCAAGCUGUGCAGUUCGGCUAUAAUCCGUUUAUUGCAACAACAAUUUUGCAGGGAGAGCUGCAAGAUCUGGUACACAAGCAUAUCAAUUUACUGCAACACAUUGUCAACUAUAAUAAGAAAAUUAUUUCGGCAGAAGAGUUAAAAGUGACCUAUUGUUCGGUGUUAGACACAAGAACGUGGUCACAUUUUUUGAAGACAUUGGAUAUGUGCGAAAAAACACAGAAACCGUUGCUUCUUAUAUAUGCUGGCGAGCCGACAGUAAAGGUAACUGGCAAAGGUCUUGGAGGACGAAACCAAGAAAUGGCUCUCCGUAUGUCGUUAGCGUUAUACAAAAACGCUGGUUUACACAACAUCACUUUUCUCAGUGCGGGUACUGAUGGCAUUGAUGGUCCAACGCCAGCAGCUGGGGCCAUUGGUAGUGAAUCAGUCAUUAGUGAAGUGAUUGAAACUGGAAAAUGUCUUUCCGAUAUUAUUUCAUUUAUACAAAAUAACAAUUCUUAUAAUUUUUAUUCAUCACACAACAAUGCCGAGCUGUAUCACAUUGUAACUGGACACACUGGUACUAAUGUUAUGGAUUUGCAGCUUAUUUUACUGGAAUAAUUAUACACAUAUGUGAGUUCCUACUUUAAGAUAUAUAUAUAUACAUUAUGUACGUAUUUGUGAAUAUUUAUAUUGGGUUGAAUUUAAAUAUUGUUAACUAAAAUCGAAAGUUGCAGUGCACUUGUCCCUAUCCAUUUUUAAAGUGAAUAAUGAGUAUACACGUAUGUAAAAAAAUACCAUAUAUGUAUAUAUUCAGGGUUUAUUAUAUAUAAUAUGAUUUAUAAAUUAUAAAUUUAAAUUUGCAUUGAUGUGUGAACGAAAUAAAGGUCUCAGACUUAAUGGUGUAAUGUCGUGUGGUGUCUGUUGUCAACAUCUUACACUGUCUAAGAAAUCAUUAUCAUAAUUUACUUGAUGUCUACAAAACUAAUCAGUACACAUUCAAAAUAUAUUUUCCUUUAGAAGAGGUUGUAAAACUCGUAACCUUAGAGGAGGAUGCAAUAUAAGACAAACAUUGCGAGGAACUAAUUGUCAAAAGUGAGAAAAUUGUUCGAGAAAUCGAAGUUAGAAAGUUAAAUAAACGAGCCGCAGAACACUACAUAACUUUUUGAAUUUGAAAUAUUAUAAGUGGAGCCAUAAAUGGUUUAUUAGUAAGCGUACCUGGUAUCUGUUGUGUAUUGUUGUUACAAUCCUUCACAUCACCUUGCUUCACACCAUCCUGGCAAUAGAUAUGUUAUUUGCUUUUUAUUUUCAAAACUUCUUGAGACAACAUACCAGUAGGUGGAAAUGGUAAUUUAGUUGACUUUUCUGGUAUGCAAUAGAAUCUUGAUUAUAUUACUUUGUAUGUACUUCAAUAAAAUUUAUGGAAUAGGCUUUAGUGAAUAAUAUAAAAAAUUAAAGCACGAAGUCUGUAUCCACGUUGUCAAUCCUCUUAUUUAAUUGUUCCAUAUUGUUAUCGAAAAUAUACCGCAUAUCUCGCAUUUCAUUUAGAGUUUUCUGUAAAGAAUCUAUGUAAUAAAAAAAUUGAAAGAAAUUAAUAACACAAAUAUUAGUUGAAAUAUAUUUUUGUUCUAUGUACCUGUAUUUGCCAUUUCAAAGCUUCGAUGUGUAGUUCCUUCCAUUUGAAUAAAAAUAUUAACAACCUUACGCUUUUAUAACUUUAUAACUACUGU